ACAGCCCCGGGUCACCAAAAGCCCGCACCGCAUCACCCUGAGCCCAACUAUUGCGGUUGCGGAUGCUAAUGACACUCUAUCUGCUGCCGAUGCCAUCCUUGUGUUGAGGUCUGAUACGAAGCGGUACCUGCAUUCGCGCUAGAAUUCUGUCCCGCCGCAUUCACUCUCAUGUCUAGCCGCGCCAAGAGGAAGUUAGACACGUUCGACCCCAACGCGUCUGACCCUGAGGACCUCGACUACGACGGUUCUGAACGGGCCCCGCCACAGCGCCAUCGCAAGAGGCACCAGUCCUCCAGCGGGAAGAAGAAGUCUUCCAAGAGGCCCCGCCGCCGCUACCGCGGCUCCGACUCUGACGUCGUCGACGACAACGAUUCUAUCGUGACCGACGAUUCUUUCACCGAUCGCUCUUCUGAAGAGGACGAAGUCGAGAUCAACCCGGCAACCGGCCGAAGCGUGCGACGCGCCGCGAAGAAGGAAAUCAAGUACGAGGAACCAAGCAGCGACGAAGACGAGAUCGAGGACACCCCUUCAGCGGACGACGAACUGGCAAGUCCACCUCCUAAGCGCAAAGCCAGAGAACGCAAGUCCCUGGUAGUAGUAUUGAAGAUGCCUGAACAUCCAUCUGGCCGGUCCUUGCGCGCCCGGACUGGGAGCAAGUCGAUCGCGCCACGGGGCAAGACACCGGAAGCCAGCGGUGCUCGUCGCAGCAGCCGCCUCUCGCACGACGUAGAGACGCCCAUGGUGCAACUCUCAGACUCCGGAAAGCAUGUCAACAUCAUUCGCCAGGGUACUCGAAGCCCGGAGCCAGUCAUCGCCCGAGCGACGAGAGGAGGGAAAGGACCUAUAACCCAAAAACAUCCUAGUGCCAUCAUGGAAGCCUCGCAGGAAGCCUCGCAAGUCCGCGACGAAGACAGUCCGGGUCCGUUGGAGGCAUUGCUUGGCGCGGACGAGACUCAGGUCGAGGCUAGCCACGAAGCUUCACCGGAGCACGAAGCCCAGGUACAGAAGGAUGAAGACGAUGAAGACGAUGAAAUGGAAGGCGUCAUCCAGGAAUCCCAGCAAGAGCCAGCAGCCGAGGACUCUGAUGAUGAAGAAGACCCCAUCACACGCGGCGGCAGGAACCUGAGGUCUAGAGCGAAAUCAGCCAAACGGAAGCGAGGUGCCGAUGAAAGCAGCGACUUCGAACCAGCUGCGGAAGAUGAGAAGGAAGACGAGAUGUCUGCGUCCGACCACGGAAGGAAGGGCAGGCGGUCUACUUCCGAGGACAGUGGCUCGGGCUCGGGUAGAAGGUCUACUCGCAUCCGGGCCAAGCAUAGGCAGUCUCAGAGAAGUAGGCGAAAUUCCGACUAUGAUGACCAAGACUCAAUGUUGGACGCCGCAGAACUAGCAGAGGAAGCUCAAGAGCUCGCCACUACUAAGCGACGUCGUCUGAACAGAAACCUCCCUGAUAGCGAUCUCGCCUACGACACAGCCCCAAAGCUACGAAAUCGUGGACGGAACAAUGUUGACUAUCGUCUCAUUCGCCCGGAACUCAACGAGGUCUUCGAAAAUCUUGAAGAAGGCGCACCCGCUGGGAAGUCCCGUUCCAAGGGAGGACGAUCCACCUAUCGAAGCCUCUUUUCCAACCAAGGCCCCUUUGGAGGUGGCUUGGAAGGCGGUCUGGCAGGACCUAGUGCUGUCGGCGGCAUGGAGUCGGACAGCAGCGAUGACGAGGUUCAGAAAGUACCACGGGGUAUUGGAGGCACCGUUGGUAUGACGCCAACCACUGCGACGGCACCUGGUUUCGCUUUCCCACAAGCCCAUGGUGCUGACCCCCAGCAAGCAACUGAUCGAGGGGGGGGUCCAGCCAACUUUGGGAAGGUGAAAGACAAGAAGGCGCUCGCGGAUGCCGAUCCCCUCGGUGUUGAUCCUACUGUUAACUUCGACGGCGUUGGUGGAUUGGACGACCAUAUCAACAAGCUGAAGGAGAUGGUCAUGCUUCCUCUCUUGUACCCAGAGGUCUUCCAGCGCUUCCAUGUCACACCACCACGAGGCGUUCUAUUUCAUGGUCCUCCAGGUACCGGUAAGACUCUUCUUGCCCGUGCUCUCGCUUCAAGCGUUAGCUCCCAAGGUCAGAAGGUCACUUUCUACAUGCGCAAGGGUGCCGACGCUCUAAGUAAGUGGGUUGGCGAAGCCGAGCGACAACUUCGUCUUCUCUUCGAAGAGGCACGCAAGACUCAACCCAGUAUCAUCUUCUUUGAUGAAAUAGAUGGCUUGGCACCCGUACGAUCGAGCAAACAAGAGCAGAUCCACGCUUCUAUUGUUGCUACCCUCUUGGCUCUCAUGGAUGGCAUGGACGGCCGUGGUCAGGUCAUUGUCAUCGGAGCGACCAAUCGUCCCGACUCCGUUGAUCCAGCUUUGCGACGACCCGGACGAUUUGACCGUGAAUUCUACUUUCCACUACCGAAUGUUAUUGGUAGACGAGCCAUCAUCGACAUCCACACAAAAAACUGGGAUCCACCACUCAAGUCUGAUAUGAAGGAUUCAUUAGCGGAAUUGACUAAAGGGUACGGAGGAGCUGAUCUUCGAGCACUCUGCACUGAAGCAGCAUUGAAUGCCGUGCAAGGAACUUACCCUCAGAUCUACCAAUCGGAGAAAAAGCUCCUCAUUGACCCUACCACAAUUAAAGUCCUCGCAAAAGACUUCAUGGUUUCAGUCAACAAGAUGGUCCCCUCCUCUCAGCGGACGGUAACUGCAAGCGCAGCGCCAUUAGCAAAGCAAAUCGAGCCAUUGUUGCGCAAGCCUCUUGCAGAUAUCCUGAAGCGCAUCGAUGAGCUAAUUCCGCGGAGGAAGAAGCUCACUGCUCUCGAAGAAGCCCAAUUUGAUGACCGAGAGGAUGAGAAAGGGUUCGAGAAGGAAACUACGCUCCGCAACUUCGAGAGCGGUAGAAUAUUCCGUCCACGACUGUUGAUCAAUGGCUUGCAAGGAAUGGGUCAGCAGUACCUUGGAGCAGCACUGCUCAACAAAAUCGAAGGCCUUCACGUACAGUCCUUCGAUCUCCCUACUAUCCUCGAAGACUCUUCCCGCACACCCGAGUCAGCCAUUACUCAGCUCUUCACCGAAGUUCGACGCCACAAACCAAGUGUCAUCUACAUCCCCAAUGUCGAUGUUUGGUACCAGACGCUCCCUGGUCCAGCUAUCAAGACGUUUAAGCUCCUUUUGCGUAGCAUUGGCGCAAACGAACCAAUUCUUCUUCUUGGAGUGAUGGAGCUGCUUAACGAAAAGGAGAAACCGGAUGCGCAAAUGAUGAUGGACUUGUUCUCUUUCUCUAAGAGCAACCAGUACCAACUGAACAGGCCCGACCAUGAAGGCCGAUCAGAGUUCUUCAACAACAUCAGCCAGUACAUCCGGAUGUCACCGGCGGACUUCCCUGACCCAGACAACCGAAAGAAACGAGUUUUGCCCGAAUUGGAAGCUGCGCCACAAACGGCUCCGGUCGUAGAUCCAGUGGAAAUAGCAGCUCGGGAGCGGCGGCAGAGGAAACAAGAUCGAAUGACUCUGAACAAGCUCAAGGUCAUCAUCCAGCCGAUCAUGGAUCAGCUUAAGAAGUCAUACCGACGCUUCUUCAAGCCAAUUAUCGAUGAAGCCAACUAUGCGUAUCUGUUGGAUGAGGAAGAUCCAAAUUACUUCAGAACAGACCUCGCGCCUGAACAGCAGCAAGAGCAAGGGGUCUUCCGGCCGUGGGAACGCUCGAAAGAUUCCAAAGGUGUCGAUGUACUCAUUCAUGUCGAAUCCGGUAAUAUCUACUACAAUCUCGAUCUCACGAACAUCGAGAAGCGCCUGUCUAACGGCUACUAUAAGCGACCGAAAGACUUCCAGGCUGACAUUAGAACUUUGGCCAAGGAUGCCAAGAUGUACGGCGAUCCAGAACGAAUGCUCAAAACCAACGAAAUGGUGGCCAACGUGGAAGUGGACAUCGAGAUGAUCUCUACAAACAAUCCAGGCUUAACAGCCGAGUGCGAGGCUGUGUACGCUCGUGAGCUUGAGAGGGAGCGAAAGGCUAAGGAGAAGCGUGAGAAAGAAGCCGCCGCUGCUGGCAAGGAAGCCCCAUCUCAUACAGCCAACGUCCCACCGCAGAUAUCCACCGAUAUGGAGACGUCAGGUCCCAUUAUGCUUGGUGAGCCUAUUCCUGGUCAAACCAACAUACCGCCAGUGACGCCGCACCGAGCGUUUGCGCCGGCAGGUCCACUCUCGAAUGGUACCACAACGGAAGAGGGUAGUCACGCUCAACACAGCGAGCAACGAAACGGAUCCACCGUACCGUCACGACCUGAGGAAGACACUCAUAUGACAGACAGUCAAGAUCUCGACAAGAACACUCACGGAGAAUUUCAAACACCAAGCCGGUUCGGCACACAGACUCAGACCCAAAAGUCUCAAGUAUCUGGCCGUACCUUUAUGGCGCCAAAUUCUCAUCCAGGGGAAUACCACAACAGUGCAUCGACCACGACAUCCGGCCAAAAGACCUCAGAUCGGUCGUCUGUGGGCAGAUUCAAUACCCAAAGCACCAAUGGCGUCACUCCAGCAGGCGUCCCUGACUUUGGAGAAAUGAUGCCUCAAGCGGGUGGCUCCCAACUUCCCGACACACAAGAGGUGCACUAUAUCAGCAGCCAACUAUCCAACUCUCAACCUUCACAACAAUCACCACAGCACUCUAUGCCAGCCCCAGCCCCUCCACGCCACACUGCAAACAUCGCAUCCAUCUUGAACGACGAAAUUGAGCGUCCCCAACUCAUCCUCGACGAAUCCCACCUUAACAAACUGCACUCAGACCUCGUGGAGAAAACCUCAGGCCUCUCCCUCGAGCAACUCGAGCAAGUCAAUGCAGCGCUCAUGGAUGCUAUCUGGAAGCACCGAGCCGAAUACAACCGUAACGUGGUGCUCCAGAAAGUUGCAGAUUCCUUCAACGAGAUCAUCGCGGAUAUCCAGAUGAUGCAGAUUAUUCUCAAGAGCAGCCAGGAGGAACUCCAGGAGAGUGAUCCGCAGAGCCAAUACCCAUAUCCCCGGAUAGAGGACUGGAGGGGAAGAGAAACAACCCAGCUGGCAGCAGAGUGGAGGUUUGCGAGAGGCGAAAUUCAGCAAGUCACGGGGAUGGGUGGUGUGAGGGCAACGCCGAUUGAACCGAGUCAGUAUUCUUGAUGGUAAGAAGGGGAGAUGUGAAGAAUGAAUGACAGCCUGGUUUUUCCAAAACGAGCGCAUAUAGAUUUGUUGCUUGCUAGACUUUUACCAAUCAAUCCAGUAUAGUAUGGCGGACAAGGCGGAUAGGUGGGCGGGCACACCAUCACGACCACAGUGGCCAUGUCUC